CUCUCACGGCUGCGUCAGCUGAUCUCGGCUGAGCUGUAGAGGCGGCGAUGGAGUUUCUCUUGGGCAACCCUUUCAGCUCUCCUGUGGGCCAGCGUAUCGAGAAAGCUACUGAUGGCUCCCUGCAAAGUGAAGACUGGGCCCUCAACAUGGAGAUUUGUGACAUCAUUAAUGAGACAGAGGAAGGGCCCAAAGAUGCCUUUCGAGCCAUAAAGAAAAGGAUUGUAGGGAAUAAGAACUUCCACGAGGUGAUGCUGGCUUUGACAGUCCUUGAGACAUGUGUCAAGAACUGUGGGCACCGUUUCCAUGUGCUAGUUUCUAGCCAGGACUUUGUAGAAGGUGUGCUGGUCAGAACCAUCCUCCCAAAAAACAAUCCACCUGCUAUUGUGCAUGACAAAGUUUUGACACUCAUACAGUCCUGGGCAGAUGCAUUCCGCAGCUCACCUGACCUGACGGGAGUGGUAGCUGUAUAUGAAGACCUGAGGAGGAAAGGUCUGGAGUUUCCCAUGACUGACUUGGAUAUGCUGUCACCCAUCCAUACACCACAGAGGACCGUAUAUGCCUCAGAUUCCCCACCAGGGCAGAAUUCUCCAGCAGUGGAUCCCCCUCAGACAGUGGAGUCUCUCCUGCACCCUGUGUCCCUGCCAGGAGCUCCAGGAACUUCAGCCGAAGCCCCCAUCACACCCACUCCAGAACAGAUUGGGAAACUACGUAGCGAGCUGGAAGUAGUGAAUGGGAAUGUGAAGGUGAUGUCCGAGAUGCUGACGGAGCUGGUGCCAGGACAGGCUGAAACCUCUGACCUUGAACUACUCCAGGAACUGAACCGGACGUGUAAAGCGAUGCAGCAGCGUGUUCUGGAGUUGAUCCCCCGUAUCCUCAAUGAACAGCUAACAGAGGAGCUGCUCAUUGUCAAUGAUAACCUCAACAACGUUUUCCUGCGUCAUGAACGGUUUGAACGGCUCCGAUCUGGACAGCCCACUAAGCAACACAACAAUACAGAAAAUGCAAGCAGUUUGGUUGAUGUGGGGCCUGGUGCUGCACCAGCAGGGAAUGACUCGGAAACACCCAACACUCUUUCAUCUCAGCUUGCGGGAAUGAAUCUGGGUUCCGGCAGUGUCAGUGCAGGGCUGCAAUCCAUUGAUCGUUCGGGCAAACUGGAAGAAGAGUUUGACAUGUUUGCAUUGACCCGUGGCAGCUCCUUGGCUGAGCAACGCAAAGAGGUGAAAUAUGAAGACCCUCUAGCAACCAAAGGACUAGCUGGAGCCUUGGAUGCCAGGCAGCAGAGUACAGGCGCGCUGGAGCCAAAUGAUGGAGCCCUGAUCUCAAACUGGAUGAUGCAGCAAGGAAUGAUUCCUGUCCCCCAAGCCUCCCUCAUGGAGGAUAUUGAGCAAUGGCUUUCCGCUGAUGUGAAUGAGGACCCAAAAGGUGUCACCAGUGAAGAAUUUGACAAGUUCCUGGAAGAGCGAGCAAAGGUGGCAGAUCAACUGCCCACGCUUCCCAGUCCCCCAGCUGGGGUUCCUUCCCCCCCAUCCAGCUCUGGCCCUCACCGGAAGAAAGAGAAGGAAGACGACGCAAUGUUUGCUUUAUGAGCCGUCCUACAGACUGGUGUGCCGUGGCUGCGAAAGGACCUGUGUGCUGCACUGCUCUCCUCCUCCGUGGGGGAGGGGGCAAGAGAGGAGCGGGUGGGGAAAGGGCCCCCCCUCUUUCCUUUCCUCCUGCCUCCCUUACCAGGCUGCUUUGGGGUUAAGUUAAUCAUUGCUGCAUCCAGGGACACAAAAGAGAGAGAGAAGGGAGUGGUGGGAAGAGUUUGCAAAGAUGCCAAAUGUGUUGUCAAGAAGAGUGGGUGAAUUUGGGAUUUCUCCUGUGUGGUUGAAAUAGGUUUUUUUUUCCUACGAUCAGUCCUCCUUUUUUCCAAUGAAGUGACUGUAAAAGCAAUGGUAGUUUCCUGUCAUCCCCGUAAGCAGCUGCAUUUAGUUGUAAAACUGAGCACCUCCCUUUUUACCUACUUUGCCCUCCUUUGGCCGGAUAGGAAUCAUGGACACUUUUACAAUGACACGAGAGCUGUUUAAGUAGGGCAGUGAUGCCUGCAGGCCUCUGCUAGAUCCCUUCCCUCUUGUACAACACCUGCUGGCAUUGAGCAUCCUGUCUGCAGGCCAUACAAGGUUUCCAUAGCUAGUAAAAGUAUCGGCCUCAUGGCAGAGGAGGCAUCAGUGGUACCAUUUAGGAGGCAAACUCUCUUUUGAAAUGUCCUCAUAAGGCCCAUUAAUCAUGGCUUCUCUUCCCUCUCUGUAGCUGUCCUCUAGCGCUCCGCUCCGUAACCCAUCCUUCUUCAAUCAGUUGAAUUUUUUUUUUCUGGUGUAUUAGAGAACACUACGAGGAAACAGCAUUCACUGUGUUAAAGGUUGAGAGGUGAGCAGCUUGUUUGGGAUAAAAUGCUGAAUAUUCCAUGUACCUGGGAGACUUGCCUUUUAUAUUUACAUAUUAAAAAAAAAACACCUAUGGACCUCA